AUGGCUACAAUGAGAUACGAAUGCAUAUCGAAUUCGGAUUCAUUAGCAAUGAUUGAUCAGGCAAAUGUUUACAAUGCGGAACAAAUCGACGAUACAGCUCUAAUUACUCUGCACAGUGAUGAUAUUGAUAACAUCUUCAUGGAUGAUAUCACCUGGCAGAAUAUCUUCCAGGAUAUACGAUAUUCACAGAGACAACAACGAUUGUGCAUAGGUAUUUUCAUAUCAAUGGUCUGCAUAAUGUUGAUUCUUUUAGUUUCAUUAUUUUCGGGUUUCGGUAAAGUUAUUUUUGAUGUUGUCGCAUAUCAGGAAAAAUCACGUCAUGGCCUUAUGAUGAUACCGAAUAUUCGAAAACGACCGUUUAAUAUAUUCUAUUUUAACGUACGAAAUAAAACAGCAAAUGCAGAGUACGCAAAAGAAAUAGAUGAUUAUCUUGCAAAAUAUGCUGAAGAUCGAGAAAUGAUGAGAGAAUUUUUGAAGAUUUGCACGAUGCAAGAACGAAGCGAUGGGAAACGUUGGUGCGCAUUUGACAUUCAACAACAAUUUCAUUCCGAUUGUUCCAAAACAACCAAUUACGGCUACAAUUCCGGCAAUCCAUGCGUGUUAUUCAUUUUUGACAACCGUUUGGGUUGGAAGCCUAAUAUGAAAAGUGAAGUGGAUUAUUUGCCAUUCUUUUGUCGCAUGCAAUAUCAGUAUUCUUCAAACAUUUAUGUUAAUAUUAGCUAUUAUCCGUCGUUGCCAACACAAAUGCGUAACGGUGGCUUUCAAAUAAAUUUGAUACCGAAUCAAAAAAUCACCGAUGAUAACGGCAAUGAAAUUGUUGGAAAAGAUGGAAAUAUUCUCUACACAUUGCCACCAUUGAUAAUGGCAAAGAUGACAUUUCGGAAUGCGUUAGAAAAGAAUGGAAACAAUGAAUUGAGUCCAUUCACAAUGGACUGUCGAAUAAAAGAUAAUGUGGCCGGAUAUCAAUUUGAUAACAUCCAAACUUUCAAUGGUCAAACGGCUGUUUCAUUUGAUUUUGUUCCACAAUUGUCGUGA